CUUCACUGCCUCCAUCUUUCUCCUCCUCCUCCUCCUCCAGGUUCUCUCUCUCUCUCUCUCUCUCUCUCUCUCUUCUGUGCGUGUUCUGUUCCAGUUUUUCUGGAAUCAUUCUUGAUCCUGUGAUGGUAGUUUUUCGAGUGUGGUCUGAGGAGGAGAACUAGGAGGUGUUGCCAUUGCAGAUGCUUAAAAGCAGUCAGCCAUGGAAGCAGCAGGGAUCCAUCACCCACCUCCUCACCUCCAUCUGGCAAGUACAAAGAAAACCAUAGCAUUUGUUUCCUGUUGACUACCAAGUUGGGAUCAUUGUUGCCAGAAGAGUAAGAGUUGUGGUCAUCAAGAUUAGCGAGAGAUUGUUAAAAAUAAUCUUUAUCUAGUUAUUAGAUUCUAUGUCAAAGCUGCUACUAAUUGCACGUUUGUUAGUAGCACAAUGAAGUGCACAAUGAAGUCCGGUAUUUCGUACUAGUUGUAGGUGAGUAGAUUCAUGCUAGUAACAAUGAUAAAAGUAGCAGUGUACAAGUAGCAAGUUCAGCAUGGUUCUGAGUCCGAGAGGUUUGAUACUCUGUCUGAUCCAUAUUAUUUGUCGCUGUACAAUAUGAAUCAGAGGAAGUAUUUCUUUUUCAAAAAGGGAAAUACGCCCCUUUUAAUAAAAUUGGUCAUAGCAGAGGAUACUUAGUGCCACUAGGAAAUACAUUGGUCAUAGCAGAGGUUUUACUGUACCACGUAGGGUGGGGAUUCAAGAUACACUAAUGACGGAACAGUUGAUGUUAACGGACAACCUGCUGUUAAGGCGAGCACAGGGAACUGGAGAGCAUGCUUCUUCGUCUUAGGUAUCCAAUUCAGUGAAUGCUUGGCCUUCUUCGCGAUCUCCAAAAACUUGGUCACCUACCUUACCAGCGUGCUCCAUGAAAGCAAUAUCGACGCGGCCAGAAAUGUGUCGACUUGGUUUGGCACCACAUUCUUUACGCCGCUUAUCAGAGCUUUCUUGGCCGACACGUAUUGGGGGAGUACAAGACAUUAGUGGUUUUCCUCUCAGUCUACAUCGUCGAUGCUUCUGCUGACGGUUUCAACGACACUCCCAUGGAUGAUGCAAUCAUCCAACCACGGUGAGAUUCACCGUAUCACCGUCUAUGUUGGACUGUAUCUUACAGCCCUUGGCAACGGUGGCAUCAAGCCCUGCACCUCCCCUUUUGGCGCUGACCAGUUUGACAUCACGGACACGAUGGAGCGGGUGAAGAAGGGCUCAUUCUUCAAUUGGUUCUACUUCUUGAACACUAUUGGCUCCCUUUUGUCGACCACUGUGAUCAUCUGGGUGCAAGACAAUGUUGGGUGGGGGAUCGGCUUUGCGAUCCCCAUGAUCCUCACGAGUCUUAGUUUCAUGGUGUUCAUCGCAAGUAGGAGGAUGUACAGAUACAAGUCAAAAGGAGAAAGUCCCAUGACAACAGCUUCCCAGGUUGUUGUUGCAGCUGCAAGAAAUCGCCAUCUGAAGUUGCCUGAGGAUUGCACAACCUUGCAUUACCCGCCUUCAUCACCAUCGGAGGCUACAUUCAGUGUUCAGCAUACCACUCAGUUCAGAUUUUUGGACAAGGCUGCCAUUGUAUCACCAUCGACACAGGAGAAGAAAGGUGUGGCGACGAGCCCAUGGAGGCUAUGCACACUCUCUCAUGUUGAAGAGGUGAAGAUGCUGCUACGUCUGUGCCCUGCAUGGGCGUCUUUGCUGGUCUUCUUCAUGAUCACGGCACAGAUGUCGUCGACGGUGAUCGAGCAGGGUAUGGCAAUGGACAACCGCAUGGGGUCAUUCGCCGUGCCACCGGCCUCCCUCGCCAGCUUCAAUGUGGUUACCACACUUGUAUUGAUCCCCAUAUAUGACGUCGUGCUAGUGCCCCUGGCUCGGCGCGCCACUGGCGAGGACCGAGGUCUCACACAACCGCAGCGCCUUGGCGUCGGUCUCACGUUGUCCACUCUCGCCAUGGCUUACCUAGCUCUUCUCGAGAGGAACCGUCUCGCAAAGGCCGCGAUCGGGGAAGCGGUGAGCAUUAUGUGGCAGGCACCGGCAUACGCCGUGAUGGGUGUUAGUGAGGUGUUUACGGUCAUCGGCAUGAUCGAGCUCUUCUACGACUGGGCUCCGGACAACAUGAGGAGCCUGUGCACCGCCUUUGGGCAGCUUGCCAUCGCGGCAGGGAGCUACCUCAACUCGGCAGCGCUAGGCGUUGUCGCGUCCGCCACGAUGUGGAUCCCAGAGGACCUCGACAACGGACACUUGGACUACUUCUUCUGGACAAUAGCGGUGCUCAGUGCCUUGAAUCUGUUACAGUUUGUACUCUAUUCUAUGAUGUACAAUGAUAACGUAGCUUGUCGACAACGCCAUCCAUAUUAGUGAUGCUUCACUGUGUCGGCAAA